CCAAUCCAACAAAACAUAAAACCUUAUCUUUGAGAAACCAAACAAAAUGGCUAGGCCAAAAUCCUUAUCUUUUACUUUGGGAAUUGCUGAACUGAGAAAGUAGCCAUGGCAGCGCUGAGCUGCAAAUUUCAUCACCCUAUGGUCUGCAAGAAUUAUCGACAUGCCAAAGCAAAACCCUCCAUCUUUUGCUCAAUGAAGCCGUCGCAAAACAACAUCAAGGUAAUUAUAAACGGAGCAGCGAAGGAAAUCGGAAGGGCGGCUGUAGUUGCAGUGACCAGAGCUAGAGGAAUGGAGGUGGCUGGUGCAGUGGACAAUUAUCUAGUAGGAGAAGAUAUUGGGAAGGUGUGUGACAUGGAAGAGCCUCUGGAAAUACCGAUAACUAACGAUCUCACGAUGGUCUUAGGUUCCAUUUCACAGUCCAAAGCAUUGGGAGUAGUUGUUGAUUUCACUGAGCCUUCGAAAGUCUAUGACAAUGUUAAACAGGCAACAGCAUUUGGCAUGAGAAGUGUCGUUUAUGUGCCGAAAAUUAAAUUAGAUACAGUAUCAGCAUUAUCUGCGUUAUGUGACAAAGCCAGCAUGGGUUGUCUUGUUGCGCCAACUCUGUCCAUUGGAUCGAUACUCCUCCAACAAGCUGCAAUUUCAGCAUCCUUCCACUACAACAAUGUAGAAAUUGUGGAAUCAAGAGCAUCUGCAAUGGAUUUUCCAUCAUCAGAUGCAACCCAAAUAGCCAACAACCUGUCUAACCUUGGCCAAAUCUACAACAGAGAAGAUAUUGCAACCGAUGUUCGAGCAAGGGGCCAAGUUCUGGGAGACGACGGAGUUCGAGUGCAUAGCUUAGUCCUUCCCGGGCUCCCGGCUAGCACAACAGUCCAUUUUUCUCGUCUCGGAGAGGUUUACUCUCUGAAACAUGACAUCACAGAUGUGCAAUGUCUGAUGCCAGGCCUCCUCUUAGCAAUCAGAAAGAUUGUGCGCAUUAAGAACCUGGUGUAUGGCUUGGAGAAAUUUUUAUGAACCUUCAGUCUCAUUGAUGUUAAACUCAACCACAUACUUUCGACUCCCUUGUAACUUAGAAAAGAAUGAAGAUCGAUUUUGUUAACUA